AUGGAUUCAACAAAUAGUAGUACCAACGAUGACACCAAAAAGAAGGGCAAAUUUAUAGUCUUUGAGGGGCUCGAUAGGUUGGAAAAUGAAAAUAAAAUGACCUUUUCAAAUUUUGUCGGGAAAAUCGACUCAGUCGAAAUUGCUAGUAGAGCACUUGAGGAGGAAAAAUGUGGAAGUCCACCAUUUGUGUUUCCCAAGGAAACCCCCACGGGACAAAUAAUCGCCAAGUAUUUGAAAAUGCAGACCGACAUGACGAAUGAAACCAUCCAUCUACUCUUCUCGGCAAACCGAUGGGAGCUAAUGGGCGAAAUUAAGAGUCUGCUGGCCAAAGGCGUGUGGGUCGUCUGCGACAGAUAUGCCUACUCGGGGGUGGCCUACUCUGCGGGAGCACUUAAAUUGUCCAAGGCUUGGUGCAUGAACCCCGACCAAGGUCUAAUCAAACCGGACGUAGUUUUUUAUCUCAAUGUUCCUCCCAACUACGCCCAAAACAGAUCAGAAUAUGGAGAAGAAAUUUACGAAAAGGUCGAAGUACAGAAGAGGAUAUAUGAAACGUAUAAAAAUUUCUCCCAAGAGGAUUAUUGGAUAAACCUUGACGGAACCAAAAACAUAGACGACAUACACCAAGAUGUUGUAAAUGAGAUAACCAAACUGGAUCCAGUGCGUGAAGAGUUGUUCACAUUUUUGUGGUCCUAG